GUGGCUCCUCCCCUCCAGUCUCGCACAGGUACACUGGCUCCUCCCCUUCAGUCUUAUACAGGUGUCUUGCUCCUCCCUUUAGUCUUACACAGGUGUACUGACCCCUCCCUUCAGUCUUGCACAGGUGCACCAGCUCCACCCCUUCAGUGUUAUACAGGUGUCUGGCUCCUCCCCUUUAGUCUUGCACAGGUGUACCGGCUCCUCCCCUUCAGUCUGGCACAGGGGUACCGGCUCCUCCCCUUCAGUCUUGCACAGGUGCACCGACUCCUCCCCUUCAGCCUUGCACAGGUGUAUUGGCUCCUCCCCUUGAGGCUUGCACAGUUGUACUGGCUCCUCCCCUUCAGUCUUGCACAGGUGUAUCGGCUCCUCCCUUCAGUCUUGCACAGAUGUACCGGCUCCUCCCCUUCAGUCUUGCACAGGUGUCCUAGCUCUCCCCUUCAGUUUUGCACAGGUGUACUGGCUCCUCCCCUUCAGUCUUGCACAGGUACACCGACUCCUCCCCUUCAGUCUUGCACAGGUGUACUAGCUCCUCCCCUUCAGUCUUGCACAGGUGUACUGGCUCCUCCCCUUCAGUCUUGCACAGGUACACCGACUCCUCCCCUUCAGGUCUUGCACAGGUACACCGACUCCUCCCCUUCAGUCUUGCACAGGUGUACUGGCUCCUCCUCUUCAGGCUUGCACAGUUGUACUGGCUCCUCCCCUUCAGUCUUGCACAGGUGUAUCAGCUCCUCCUUCAGUCUU